GUUUCAAUGCUCACUCCCCGAUACCACUGAGACAGUUGCAGAUGAACCACGAAAAGUUCUCCUGCGCUUAUACGGUGCAAUCCUGCAGGUGAUCCUGACUGGCGUCUAUCAGCUGAAGGCUCAUUUGCUGUCCAUUUGAUCAGUAAUGUUUUGUUUAUGUGUUAAGUUUGGACUGUGGUGUUUAAGAACAUUAUUAAAAUCUGCUUCUGUACAGUAUGUAGGACUCUUGACAUAACUAUCAGGAAUGCAAGACUAAACCACUUAAAAAUAUUAAUCUUGGUAUCACUUAUGAAUCCUUCUGAGAUUAAUGUGGAAGCUUUUGUUAAACCUCAUACAGUGCUCAGGCAUUUUAUUAGCGACCUCAUGGAUAACUGUGUAAUAGUUACUGGAAAAAAUGAUCUACAGUAUUGGAAUAAAAUGAAGUGCAAGCAUCCAAUACCAUACAGCCAUCUCAUUCCAAAACAAAUCUUUGAGUGUGUGAUAUGCCUUGUAGCUGGCAUAGAAUCCUAAAAAUGUUUGUUAAACACUUUUUUUUACUGACCAAAUAAAAGGAAAAACAACAUUGGAAGAGUAAGAUGUAAAUAGCAUUGGAAUUUGUCAAACCUUAAGUGGUUGGCAAAUCUGUUUCAAAUUCUAAGCUUUAAUAUCAAUAAUAUUUUGUAAAGGUGAUCUCUUCUAAAGCUAAUGGGCUGUUGCUGUGCAACUAUACAACAGAUUUUCUCUUACCCUACUCUGCUAGACCUUGAUUGUAUUGUAAUGAAUCAUCAUAAUGUAACAGUGUUUAACCUUAUGAAAAAUUACAGCUUCAUAAAAUUACAUUUGGAUGUUGGCAAUUGUUUCUAUUUGACUUAAAGGGUCUGGUUUUAUUGUCCAUUAAUUUGCGAUAUUUUUCCAAUACUCAGUCACUUUAAAUAACUGAUCCAAUAUCUGCAGGACAUUGACUGCUCUUGAAAUUUCAGCCCAGUCUUCCUGCUUCUGCUGCCUUAACCAAGCUUACUUUCAAAAUUUCAAUGGAUACUGUCACUUAACUGACCUUAAAAUGUUUUUAUAUAAAUAGCAAUAUCCACUUUCCCAUGGUAGCAAACUUUACCAGAAGUGCGUGAAAGAUUCCACUGGUUUGAGAUAGCAUGGAACGCCUUGCUACCUCACUGUAUGUGUUGGGAAAGCUGAACCUUUAAACAAGACGACAAUGCAGAAGUUCAUUAUUUAAGCCAAAGAAAAGAAUAUUUAAGCUUGAAGAGAAAACAAAAGUAAAGUGGAAAAAAAUGUUGAUGACAAACUCAGCUGGUUUUCCAAAUGAUUCCUAGGGAUUGAUAAGAAUUAUUUAUAAUUAUGAAUUGCUUUACUGUAAUGUUGAUUUAAUACAUAGAAGGCUGGAGUAGGAAAAUGGGCUGUAAAACUCAUGUAGUGUUAGAACUUCUCUUGCCCAAGUGCUGUGACAAAAUGUAGUCUCUUCCUGAUUUUUUUUUUUUUUUUUCCCCAAAGGAAAAGUAGACUAGAACUUGGUUGCCCUCCUCUUCCCUCAGGGUUUUUCUUAACUUCUCUGUGCCCCUAUUCACUGAAGAAAUCGAAAUAAAAUUUUGGGCUCUAAAAUCAAAGAACUAAUUCGGUUUUAAAAUUGAAAGUGUGUUCAUAACUCUCUAACCUUUCUACUCUUGGUGUUGAAGGAUCUUUUGAGAUGUCUAACUUCCUUUAUUUCCGUAGUGGCAGUGAAAUGACUGCUCUUGUUGGUGCAGUUCACUAAAGGUUAAGUAAGCAGAGAAAGUCCCAAGGUAAAACUUUCAGAUUGCAUUGAGGUUCACAAUUUCUGUCAACAAACAUUUGUCUCUUCCAGCCCCUAUAUCUUAAAUGCAAGUUAAAACAUAAGCAAACUGUUUUUUAUCGGGGUAUUUUGAAAACCUCACUUAGGAGUCUUAUGAAUUUCUGGGUGGCACAAGCAGAAUCUUUGUUAAAAGAAUAGCAAAUUACUCCCUUUCAGUAAAGUCACUUAACUUUAAAGCCCUUUAGAAAUUAAGGGACACUGCUUAAGUAACUUGUGAUUUUGAGGCCUUAUGCUCAAAUAGAGACUUCAUUCUCAAUUAUUUUUAAUUCUAACUGCCACUGGGUAUUAGUAGUUACCGCUUGUUUGCUUGAGCCUUUGUAGCAUGUUUUAACUCUUGUGCAUUUUACUUUCUGUUGAAAUUGGAGCACAAAACAAGUGAUACCAGCUCCCUGUAUUCCUUACUGUAAAUACUAUAGCAACUUGCACCAAAUUGAAAUAGACAUACCUGACAAGUUUAAGUUGCAAUUUUGAAUAGAAGUGAGAAAUAGCUAUCAGAUACUAACUUAAUGAAUAAUACUGGCACCAUGAUUUUCUUUGAGCCACCUUUUAAAGGAACUCUUGCAGUUUGAAAAUAACCCCAGUUUGCUUAUUAUGAAUUUUGGAAGACACAAAUGUCAGUACAUGAAACUCAUCCAGUAUAAACCAUGCCAGUUGGCUAAAGCUGCCACACAGGGAAGGCUUUGUGCCUUCCUCUGUCAUAGCUGAUAUGUUUAAGCCAAUUUUUUGUGUGCAUGAAUGUUUUGGGGGGAGUUGGGAGGAGAUGAACUGAACUGUCUUGGCCAUUAUUAUGAAUGGUCUCACUGGCAUGGAUGUUUAAAAAUCAAGGACUUCUCUUGAGUAUAUCCUUGAGCAGAACUUUAAGACAAGUAUUUGUGCUUGUGACAGGUUAAAGUACUAACCACAUUAAAACUCAAAUGUUUGAGGCACAAUGCAGAUAUGUCAUACAUUGGAAAAAGGGAAAGUCUUACUCUACUUCUCUCAUCUUUGCUCCAGUUUGGUAACUGAAUUUAAAGGGGAGCAUUGAAAGUAAAACUUCCUCAUUACAAAAUGUCUUUAAUUGUUGGCUAUGUCAGUGUAUAACCACUGAAACAAAAGUUUCUCCAGCAAUAUGCCAUUUAAUCUUUGGACUUCAAGAUUGGAUUUCAUGUGCAGAUCUCUGUAGUGUUUCAACUUAAAUUCAGAACAACUAAAACUUCUCACAUGUUAGAAAUGACAAUAGGAUUUCAACAUAUGCUAGCAGCAAUCAAAAAAAAGAUGAAUUUAUUUGAAGUUCACCUAUCGAAAGAUAACUUGGGGAUUGAUUCCCAUUCUUUUACACAUGUCAAAAGAACCUUGAACUCUGCUUCACUUGGGGCUCUGUUACUUUGCAACAGCCAAAACAAAUUCUUGCUUAUAAAUGAGGAAAAACAAACCAGUAUAUCUAAUAUCCCCCUCUGCUGUCUCAGUUUCCAUGUGAGCAGACCUAAAUAAUUAUAAAUGGGUGCCACAGUUCUGUGGCAAGUUUUUUUUUUCCAUACCUGCCUUGCUGCCUUUUAUUUUUUGUAACUAAAUAAAAUGCAGACUGCUGUUGUUACUGUAAUUAUCAACGUCUUCUGUGAUUGUUGGUGUCCAUGUUUGUUUGUAGCAUGGAGUAACUACAAAUCCCUGGCACUGGCAGACGGCUUGAAAGAAACCAAGCACCUCUUACGGGGAUAUAUUUGUGUUGGGUGGAGUUAAGGGUGUUCUGGGGGUAAUGUACCACUUUAGUUGUAUAUGCAUGUGUUCUCUGCUGCAGGCUUGCCCAUGCGAUCGUGCCUAGAGCACUCUGGUUUCCAGGUGACAGACACGAUUCACGGUAUAGUAUGAGAUCUCUGAAGUUGGAGCAUUCUCUACAGCUUUCAUUUUCUUUAGUACUGGAUUUCAUUGUUUAAAAAUUAAGGCUUAAGUAGCACCAGCUACUGUCUGUGCAUCUGAAUGUUUAGAGCAAUAAUAAAAUAUCAAAAUAUUGCCCCUUCCUUUCCUCUGCUCCCUCAUAAGAGAAUGGUAACUUGAAGUGAAGAGGAUUAGAGAUGUCCUUGUGGCUUUUGUAGGACUUGCACUGGAAAAUCUUCUUUAUACUAGAUCCUAGGGCUUCAGUAAGCUAGUUUCAGUUCCUUCAGGUGUGGCAUAGAUCAGUGAUCUAAGGCAGGUUCUCAGAGCAGAAAGAUGAUGCUUGCUGAAUUAUUAUUGGCUUUCCCAUACCUAGUAGUUCACAGGCCAGUGUCUUCCAACAGCUUUUAGAGUUAAGUUUCCACCAUAUACGUUAUUUCUGUAAUUUCUCAAGCAGUUCCUUAUAGCAUUGUAAUUCCUUGGGGUUGAAAAUACUGAAGUACUUUGUUUCAGACCCAUUUGAAAACUACUGAGACUGAGUAAACUCAGGAAAAUGGAAUUAUAAUGCAAGAUUUAAAUGUGCAGACAGAGCUAAUGGUUACUCUGGGGAAAAAAAGUUGCGAGUUCCUCCUUCCCUUGUACAGAAUUCUGCUGUCAAGCUUCUCUUGAGGUUUUGUGGUACAAAGUUCAUCUUCUAGCUACAAGAGCAAUUCGUUUGGGGCCUUAGGGAGAGAAUGAUGAGUAACUGGGUUGGCCUUGUUAAACUGCCACAUCUAGCUAAUGUAGCCAGUGGUCAUCUUCUGAUGACAGAUGAGAUAAUGUGGAAUGUCUUUCAAUUCUAGGACUCGGAUCUCAUACCUGAAAAAGUGCCUUAAAAUUAACUUUAAGUGAUCAGUGAAUCGAAAUAGAGACUAUAAACAAUUUUUGACUUCUGUGCAGCUAUAGUAGCUGUCUUUAGUGAUGCUUCUUGCCCAAAAGUUUAGUAAGCUUUCUUAAUCUGCUUUGAAAAUAAACCUUCCCACAAUAACAAAAAUGGAGUAACUAAUUCAAGAGAGAGCUUGCUCUCAAGGUUGUAGAGCGCAUGUCUCCUUUCUAGUUAAUAUUUCCAUGCAGAGAGGAACUGAUAAGAACGUCCAGGAGGUUUUUGGUCGUUCUCUUUUUGGGGUAAUUAAAAGCUAUUCACUGGCAUUGAAGUAAAUAGCUCCUAAAAUUGGACUUAAACUCCAAUAGCUCACUUCAGUCUAUAGGAUACUGAAUUUUUCGUUGUUUUGGACAAGAACUUGUGAACUAAAUGUGUAUAUCAACUACCUUGUGGUAUGAGAUGUUUCAUUUUGAACCAUUGUUCUCAUAGGUGAUUUUGUCAGAGAAUAAUCAAAUCAUACUUUAACAUCUGUGCUUUUAAACUUCUAUCACUUAAAAUUGCAUCCUGCUUACUUCAUAUUUUCCUUGACCACACUUACUGGGGACUUACCUAAUUCUAGGCUGAGUGUAUGGCCACUUGUGAAGACUGAUCCUCUCCAAGCUCCCAUUCAUAUUUGCAAGUUAUGUACAAAUUAGUUUGUAUUCAUUUUCCUCUUGACACUGAUGUUCUGUGCUGAGGGAACAGAAAAGAGGAAGGGAUGCUGCAGAAGUCUGCUUUUCUGAUGACUCUGCAGUACACAUCCCUAACUGUCUCUUUCUAAUGGCACAGUAGAUGCCAUAAAGAUAUCUCCAACGCUGAUUUGAGGUGUACUCAUAGAACUGGCUAGCCUCUUUAUACAGUAUGACUUCUGGAAAGUGGAUGCCAGUUCAGGUUCUAGGGGAAAGCCUAAUCUGCUUACCUUCUGAUGAACUGAACCAUUCUGAGAGCACCAUUUAUCAGGAAAGACUCCUGGAUGGUGAGUAACUUUCUGACUGUUCAAGAAAAAUCAGUAAGAUGCGACAGUGGUAUUGAUGUAGGACAUGCUUGUUCAGAGAAGCCCUCUGUAAAUGACUUAAAUAUUAUUGCGUAGUUGCACAUUUAGCCUUAAUGGGUGUGUUUUGACUUUAUUAAUUUCCUUGAAAGGAAUAUAAACUAAUAGUAGUUCUCAUAUUGUCUUGUUUUAAACUUACUAUCGUAAUGGAAUGGGAAGUACUUGCUGAAAGACCAUCGAUUCAUGUUAACUAUACUUCUUCUAUAGCUUCUGAAAUCCUGUAACUGCAUAGCUUGUGUAAAUCAUUAGCUUGUUGUAUGGUACUUAAGGAAGCUGGUGUUGCUUAUUGUUAAGUUCAUAUUUCCACCCUUGUUUUGGACAUGUUAGAGCUUUGGAACAGAAAGGUAUGCACGUGGUUCUAUGAAUUGAAUGCUUUUAUUUAGAAGGUGGAGAUGCAGGCUACCUUUAUGGGCCUCUAAACCUUGCCUGGUUUAAACAGCCAACGGUGGGAUUGCAACAUAAAUAGCAGCCACAAACUGUCACUAAAUCUAAGCAAAUACUUGCUUUCUCUUCUCCUUACCAUCAGACCCUCUAAAGGACGAGGUUUUUAUUGCAUCUUGAAUUUUAAAUGUGUAGCUCUAUUAAAAGUAUGUGCCAUUGAGGGCUUGUUUGCCGAGGGUGCGGCUUAAUACUCUGAAACUGCUUUAUAAUGACUGUUAACAAUCCUAGCAAAAUAUGUAUGGAAUUGGUUAGUUUUGCUUGUAGAGUGCAGUUCUUAAUGAGACCUUUCUAGCUUACAUGGGCAGUUCAGCUGAAGAAAAUACUUGGAUUUGCACAGCCAGUGGUAUAUGUACAAAUGGCCUAGGCAGCAUAUUACAAGUGAUGAAAAUCUGUUCACAAAAAGCUUAUAGAAUUCUGGAGAAUGAGGUGAUAGGAAAAGCAAGUGCUUUGCAGGCUUCAAAAUGCGACUUUACAAACAAGCUUUAGAAGGACUAUUAGUAAUCUAUAAUAUCCCUGAAAUGCUUUAGCUGUAGGAAGAGUAUUUUCCCAGAUGUCAUACAGAGGGACUUAAUGUUCUCAUAAUUCAAUAUAUUGCAAGUUUGGAAAAACAUUUUUAAAUCCUGUUUUGAAAUAACAGGAAACAAUAAAAAAACACCUGUAACCCAGCUUCCGGACUAUUUAUAGGAGUGGCUUUGUCUCAAUGGCACAUCCUUUUGAAAGGUUUUGGAAUCAGUGAAAUAGUGUUGUGGUCAGAGGUCAGAUGGAUACUAGUGCUGUAGCUGUCACAGAUCAAGAGAAUGUUGAGUCAUCUAGUUAAUUAUAGCUGGCACUUCUACUCCCUUUGUUCUGGUGGUUGCAAAUUAAUCAUAUUAAAUUUCAUCUUCUCACUUUGUUUGCUUUUUCUCAUUUAUAGAGGUCCUGUAAUAAAGGAGGGUCUGUACAGUCUCAGAAGGAAAAUGACUUGCAAGGGGCAGAAGCCAUGGUUCUGGAAAGUGUUAUGUUUGCCAUUCUUGCAGAGAGAGCUCUUGGCCCAAAGCUGUACGGAAUCUUUCCGCAAGGGCGACUGGAGGAGUUCAUUCCCAGCAGAAAACUAAGUACUGAAGAACUCAGUUUACCUGACAUAUCUGCUGAAAUAGCUGAGAAGAUGGCUAGGUUUCAUGGCAUGAAAAUGCCAUUUAAUAAAGAACCUAAGUGGCUUUUUGGAACAAUGGAGAAAUACCUAAAUCAAGUGCUGAGGAUUAAGUUUACCAAGGAAUCCAAAACUAGAAAACUGAACAAACUCCUCAGUUACAAUCUGCCCCAGGAAUUGAAAAAUCUACGAGCUAUGCUUGAAGCUACUUCAUCACCAGUUAUAUUUUGCCACAAUGACUGCCAAGAAGGUAAUAUCUUGCUUCUGGAGGGCAGAGAGGAUUCAGAAAAACAAAAGCUGAUGCUUAUUGACUUUGAAUACAGCAGCUAUAAUUACCGAGGAUUUGACAUCGGAAAUCACUUCUGUGAAUGGAUAUAUGAUUACACAUAUGAGAAGUACCCAUUCUUCAAAGCCAACUUUCUUAAUUAUCCUUCAAAGAAGCAACAGCUUCAUUUUAUCUCCAGUUACCUGUCUGCAUUCCAAGAUGACUUUGAAAAUCUCAGCAAUGAAGAGAAGUCCAAACUAGAAGAAGAAGUGUUGAUAGAAGUUAACAGGUUUGCCCUUGCGUCACACUUCUUCUGGGGUCUGUGGUCUAUUAUACAAGCAAAGAUCUCAUCCAUUGAGUUUGGGUACCUGGAAUAUGCAUUGUCCAGAUUUGAUGGGUACUUUGAUCAGAAGAAGAAGCUGAAGGUGUGAAUGUAGGAGGAGUGGCCUGUUGGUUACUGUACGAAGAGGGCAGCUGGACAGAACUUUCACUGUGCUUAGGCUACUGUAUCUGUAACGAAGGGGUCACUGCCUUCUAGUUCCUUGGAAGGCAGGUGUACAAUACUGAAGACUGUAUAAAAAUGAUUUGUUUACAGUUUCAUAAAUACUUGGAAUGAGAUUGGGAGGCAAAAGUAAAAUACAACAGUGCAAUAUCUUUAAAUCCUUUUAAUCUAGAAGGUAUUUUAUAUUAUGGGAGAAGCUUACAAUUAAGUGUCAAUACCACAUGUAUCAGAGCAAACAGUGUUACUGUGAGUAUAUUUUCUGGGGUUUGACAUAAUGGUGGAUGUUGUAAGCAGAACAGUUGUAAAAGAUGAUAUGUUGUAGACACUGCCUCUUAAUGAGAAGGAGAAAAGCAACUGUAGGGGAGACAACUGUUAAACUGUGAAGUAGGCUUAAAAUCUUACUGUGAGAUUAGGUUCAACAUGCUCCGUGAACACUAUUUUCAAAAAGCUGCUGAUACGUUACGACACCACUUUAACUGUAAAGCAACUAAACACGUUGAAGCGGCGUGCUUUAAAGUGUUAUCUGCAUACACAUGAAUGUGUCUCUUAUGCUGGUGUGCCUGUAGAGUGAAGUAUGAAUGAACUUCGGACAUUCUGAAGGGGUUUGUCUUGAUUUGUUCAUUCCACAUCCUUCACCAAGAACAUGCUUUAUUGCCCAGCCUGAUUGACUCUUAAUAUGCUGUGUCCUGCACAGGGGACUCUGGGCUGGCAGCACUGGGAAGAGUGCCUUGAAUUGCUCUAGCUACUCCCCAGGUAACUGGAUUGGUGUUAACAAUACUUGUAAUUGGAGCCCAUCUCUCUUCUUGACUUGUUUUGCCACAGUAUAUGGCUGUAAGGAUUAGUAGAGCCAAAGACUGCGGAGAACACUUCAGGAAAUUGCUGUUCUGCCCAGCUAAUGCUUAAGUGGCUUGGGAGGUGCUUUUCUUGUACCUCCAACUUUCAUGUUCCAGCAAUCCAGUAAAGUGGAGUGUCUUGUGGGGAACAAUAACGUGUAUAUUGAAACUUGAGUAUAAUCUGUGUACAUGUCAUCUAAAGAUUUCUUUAGAUUUUUGGGAACUUGUUUAUUUUGAACGUUAUUUUGUUUGUGCUUUCUAACACUGUAUUAUAAAUAAACUUUUAAGUCUACCCCUUUUCACUUGUAUAGCAAAUACUGUUUCAAGCAGCAGUUCAUGUGCAGCAUUUCAUGUACUGUAUAGCAUAACUUGUAAAAGCUGUCAUUUUAUUCUCUAGUAUAGAGAAUCAUUUUGCAUACACUUGAUUCUUAAUACUUUAUAAUAAAUACAAAGCACUUAAACAUCA